AUGCUCAGCAAGACUAAUAGAUCAUACGCAGAAGUUGCUGCUGAUGUUGAAAGGUUAGUAAAACUCAAAUUUGUCAGCAUAAAUAAAUAUUUCAUGUUUUCCCAUUUAUAAUUCACCCUUUGUCCCUUUUCGAUGUUAGACCAGGAAAGGGUAAAUAUAUUAGGCUAAAAGACACAGUGAGCAGAGAAACAUGUGUUAGUCUCUGCAGGUUAACAACAUGGAAAGGGGCGAAAUGAUUAGAAUCUUUCAAUAUAUAAAUCACAGACAAACAUUUAAAGGGUAGAAUAUCAUCAGGAUGAAAAUAUCUGACGUUAUAAAGAUGUACUGUAUUUUGUAAAAUUAAAGAGUAUUCAAAAAAGUUUUUUAUUGUUUUAUAUAGUUCCGAGCUAAACUGUCCAGAUUGUAAUUCUGUAUUUGAAUCUCUAACCCAAUUAACAAGGUACUUUUUAGAUGCACAUGUGGUAAGAUUAUGUCACCUUUUCAACAUUCUUGAGCGAAUAGGAAACAGGAAGGAAUUCACUUGAUUUGCACGGAUUUUAUUCACAUGUGUCUAUAUACCAAUUUACAUACUUACACUCGGAAAACAAACUAUAAAAAUAAACUAUGAAACAAACUAUAUUCACAGAUAUCAUGGCCAUGGGCAUGAUAUGACUUGCCCGGAAUGGCAGCUGGUCCCCAAUUAUCAGGUAUUAGAUAUCAAAAUUUAAAAUCAAUUUCACCGAUUUGUUAAGGAUCAACGACCACUUAUGCCAGAUGAUGUGACUGCAUCAAGUAGGGAAGUUGACAUUGCGGAUCAAGAAUCUGUGGAUAUUGAUGUUGUACUUUCAUCUACUAGCGAAACUGAGUUGCCAAACACUAAUCCCAAGGCCAAGGUUUGUAAGUUUUCUCUUAAUAUUUUCAUGUCUGCAUUAAAUAACAUAAAAAUUCUGCUUACUGCAGCGUGCACAGAAACAGUUGUUUCCAAUCACAGUUACAGCAGCAAAGCUGUCUGUUUUUUUCUUCUUUUAACAGCGAAUUUAUUCAGAUGACUCAUUAGCAAACCGAAAGUUUGGACCAAAAUAAAAAAAACAAUGCAGAUUGUCCAAAAGGUCAAAAAGGUAUAGCUGCCUAUAUAUGUGUUAUAUGUUGAUGUGCCUUAGUAAUAUACUUGGCAUACUAUACAUAGUCUAUAUUAAUCAUUUAAUGGUUUAGUUUUAACUUAACGAUUUUGUGACUGACAUGCCAAAACAAUCGGACAAUGGCAACAAAAACCAAUUUGAUUUCGGUUUCUUUUUCAAAAAAAGCGCUUUAAAACUAUGACAUGGGCAUACAAUUAAGUUAAUGAAGUUGCAAUUUCAAUUAUUUUUGUUUAUUAGUAAGAAAACGGUUAUGACAACGGUCAAGAUGUUAACUGAUGAGGUGAGAAUAAAGUAAAUCUAUAAUAUUGGUGAUAAGUCACUCGAUAUAUAAUAUUUAAUUAAUUAAAUAUUAUGUACUGUUUAAUAGACUAGCAGGAGUGUUUUAUUAUGUUUAAAGCCACGAGCGCGAGUGGCUUUAGACAUAAAUAAAAGUAUAAAACACGACUUGUGAGUUUUAAAAGGCUUCAAAUACGACUAUGCAUGCAAUAGAUAUACUGUCUUAUUAGUAUUCUUUAUAUAAAUAUAAAUAGUAUUAUUUAUAUAAGGAAUACUAAUGAGGACUACAAUAGAUAUUGCCUUUUUCAAUAGUAUUAUUUAUAUAAGGAAUACUAAUUAAGAGUGUUUUAUCAGGUUUAAAGCCACUGCACAUGACAUAUUAUGGUUGACAUGAUUUGCCAAUAAGCUUAUGAAUUAUUAAUGAAUGUUUGAAUCUUAUUUAAUUGUAUUUAGCAGUUAAGUUAAGAAAAGGGCAACAAAAGUUAAAACAAUUACCUUUUGAUUCUACACUAUAUUUUUGGGUAUCUGUUCUGACCAGUGAUUCUGCAUCAAGCACUUCUGUUGAUUCUACUGAGUCCAGUAGCAAAGAUGAUGUUCUCAUGCAUAUUGCAUUUCAAAGCAGUGACAAGGAAAAAUAA